AUGUCACAGCAUGUCUCAAACGGAAUCCAAGACGCCGCGGCCAUUAAAGCCAUCGACAGCCAUUCGGUCCACAGGAUAACGUCGGGACAGGUCGUCAUUGAUCUACAAACAGCUAUCAAAGAACUUGUUGAAAACAGCCUUGACGCAGGUGCCACCAAUAUUGAGGUUCGCUUUCACAACUACGGCCUCAAGUUGAUAGAAGUUAUCGAUAACGGGAGUGGCAUUGCCCCGGCCGACUACGACAGCAUAGCGCUCAAACACCACACUUCUAAGCUCGCGUCAUUUGAGGAUCUUUCGACUGUGCUGACGUUUGGCUUUCGUGGAGAAGCCUUGUCGUCACUAUGUGCAUUGAGCGACGGAGUAACAGUGACGACCGCGACGUCCUCGGAGGCUCCAAUGGGUUCCGUGCUGGAGAUGGAUAGGGCUGGAGAGAUUAAGAACAGAAACGGAAAAGUCGCUCGCCAGAGAGGCACCACCGUCUCUGUCACGGGCCUCUUCAAACCCUUGCCCGUGCGCCGCAAGGAGCUGGAACGCAACAUCAAACGAGAGUUUGGAAAAGCUCUGAACCUCUUGAACGCCUACGCUCUCGUUCCGUGCACCAAGGAGAAUAGGGGCGUUCGGCUCACCGUGACGAACACGCCGGAGGGAGGGUGCGUUCGCAAGGCCGUGCAACUCCGAACAGAUGGGGUACCUUCUAUCAAGUCAUCUGCGACCGCAUUAUGGGGCUCACGUGCCCUCGACAACGUUGUCGACCUGGAAUUGGAGUUCGAAGUCGAGACCGAAAAGGCAGUUUUGAGGAGACAGAAGUUGACGGUCAUUAGAUCCGGAACCACGCAUGUUCAAGUCCGUGGUCUCAUCUCGAAGUUCGCUGUCAACUCAGGGCGGACAACCACGGACAGACAGUUCUUCUUUGUCAAUGGGAGACCCUACAACCCUUCCAAGGUUCAGAAAGCGUUCAAUGAGAUUUAUCGAUCCUUCAACGCCAAUCAGUCUCCCUUUAUUGUCGCCGAUUUCAUACUCCCAACCCAUGCAUGCGACAUCAACGUUAGCCCGGAUAAACGCACGAUCUUCUUGCAUAGCGAGAACAACCUUCUGGAAGCUCUCAAGGUGAGCACAGCCCGUCGCUGA